AUGAAUUUUCAGUGGUUUAUCUACAUUGGAUUAUGGGUUUUAGGUUUUGUGACCAUAGCCAUUUUCCAUUGGAGUAAACCAGGAAGAAGGAGGUUGCCUCCUGGUUCAAUGGGUUUACCCUUCAUUGGAGAGACCAUCCAAUUCCUUAUUCCUAGCAAAUCUCUUGACACUCCUUCUUUCAUUAAGAAGAGGAUUCAAAAGUAUGGUAAUGUGUUCAAGACUAAUUUGGUGGGGAGGCCAAUGGUAAUAUCGGCUGACUCGGAAUUCAAUCACUUCAUACUUCAACAAGAAGGAAAGUUAGUCGAGCUUUGGUAUAUGGACUCGUUCAACAAGAUAAUUGGCAUGAAUGAAAUGUCUAAGAAUGGGGUGCUCUCAAUGGGUAUAAUCCAUAAAUACUUAAGGGGACUUUUUCUAAGUUACUUUGGGAAUGAGAAACUAAGGGAGAUAUUGAUUUCUAGAUGGGAACCCAUUGUCAAUCAAACACUCAAAACUUGGUCCGAGCACAACUCAGUGGAAGUAAAGCGUUCAUCCUCGGAGAUAUUGUUUAACUUCACGGCCAACGUCUUAUUCAGUUACGACCCUCACAAAUCAGGAGAAAACUUUGGGGAAAGUCUUUGUGAUAUAUUGGAAGGGUUAAUGUCUAUUCCAUUGAAAAUUCCAGGCACCACCUUCCAUAGAUGUAUCAAGGCCCAUGGGAAGGUUGUGAAAUUGAUAAGUGACAUUAUGAAAGAAAGAAAAGAAAACCCUGAAAAACAAACUGGGGAUCUUCUUGAUCAGUUAACAGAAGAUAUGGAGAAACAAGGGUUAAUAAAAGUAUCAAGUAUUCCUACUAUAAUAACAAGCAUUUUGAUUGCUAGUUUUGAGACAAUAUCUGUCACUUUAACCUUAGCAAUUAAGUUCAUCAUUGAGAAUCCUCUUGUUCUUGACCAACUCUUGAAAGAGAAUGAAGAAAUUUUGAAGAAGAGAGACAUGGGAGAGAAUGGAAUAACAUGGAAUGAAUACAAAAGCAUGACCUUUACCAUGCAGGUUGUAAAUGAAACACUAAGAAUGGCAAGUGUUGCUCCUGGUAUCCUCAGAAAAGCCACAAAAGACAUUCAAAUGAAUGAAUACAUAAUCCCCAAAGGAUGGUCGAUCAUGGUGGUUCCUUCUGCUGUUCAACUCAAUCCAAAGACAUUUGUUGAUCCACUCUCCUUCAAUCCAUGGAGAUGGGAGGAUUUGUCUGCCGGGGUAACAAUGAAAAAUUUUAUACCCUUUGGAGGAGGAAUGAGGCCUUGUGCAGGAUCAGAGUUUAGCAAAAUGGUGAUGGCCAUUUUCAUUCAUGUGAUGGUCACAAAGUACAGAUUCACAAAGAUCAAAGGAGGAGAAAUUGUUCGAAAACCAAUAUUAGGGUUCGGAAAAGGUUACUACGUCAAAGUUACAGAAAAGAAUUAAUAUUGUGGAAGUUUGAUAUCGGCUACUUGUAAGUCUCAACAAUAAGU